CAUUCUGUGUCUACCAGGAUCUAAAACUGGACGAUGCAGGUGAACCAGACAACACUGACGGAUUUCUGAGCUACAAUAAAAAACAUUAAACAAACGAAUAAAUGCAAUAAAUUAUUGUCCACAAUGCAAAUUUAACCAAUUUAAAACCCUCUACAGGACUCUCUAUUAUGACUUCUCCCUUUGCAGCGACUAAAAAAACUCCGCCAAGCAUGAAAAAAUAGACCAAUUCAACAGAAACCUGCAGAAAAUAAAGGCGGUUUUUGUCUUGUGGAUUUGGCAUUAAAGCACUUUUAACGGCUGUGUUUAAAAACACAUGUUCGGAAAAAGUCCAGCUUUAUUGUACUUGCUGAUUCACGGACCUGAAGAACAGUUUUGGGCAGUGCUGGGGCUUGAUGUAAUCCAGAUGUUUUGGGGGGCAGGACGGAGGGAAACGUUCAGCACUUGAUGGAUUUUUCUGCACAGACUUCCUGACAGUACCGCUACAGUUUCUCAUGUUGCGGGACGUAAAUCUGAUUGUGCUGUUUGGUAGACAGGAGCUGCAAAAUCAAGUCCUAAUAAGGUUCAAUCCUGGUUUUGUCCUCGAGGCUCGAAGUUUGACCCAGAAAACUGCUGAACUUCCCAUCAACCCUCCUGAAUACUGGAGUCUGGCCCUGGACUGUUUGCAGCUGUAGCUGUGUGGCCGGGCGGCCUGGCUGCCCACCUGCCUCCAGAUGAAUGAAGAACACUCCGGGACACAGAGACACAGCUGAUACAGGGCAUGCAGGUGUUUCUGCAAAUAUGAUGAAGAAAAAGAAUCCGCACAAAAAGCAUAAGAGCAGCCUGGGCCCGACCACCAAAGUUCUGUCGCAGCCUCGACGCAACAUCGUCGGCUGCAGGAUUCAACACGUCUGGAAGGAAGGUGGAGGACACGUGGUCUGGAAAGGGACAGUCCUCGACCAGGUGCCGGUGAAUCCGUCUCUGUAUCUGAUCAAAUACGAUGGAUUCGACUGUGUUUAUGGUCUGGAGCUUCAUAAAGAUGAGAGGGUUCAGGGACUGGAAGUUCUCCCUGACAGACUGGCUAAAUCCCGUCUGACAGACGUCAACCUGGCGGACGCCAUGAUCGGUAAGGCGGUGGAGCACAUGUUUGAGACGGAGGAGGGUCCGAAGGAGGAGUGGAGGGGGAUGGUUCUGGCCAGAGCUCCCAUCAUGACCACCUGGUUCUACAUCACCUACGAGAAAGACCCGGUUCUCUACAUGUACCAGCUGCUGGACGACUACAAAGAAGGAGACCUCCGUAUUAUGCCCGACUCCAAUGACAGCGUCCCAGCGGAGAGGGAACCCGGCGAGGUGGUGGACAGUCUUGUCGGUAAACAGGUCGAGUACGCCAAAGAGGAUGGCGGCAAACGAACGGGCAUGGUCAUCCACCAGGUGGAGGCCAAGCCGUCCGUCUACUUCAUCAAGUUCGACGAUGACUUCCUCAUUUACGUGUACGACCUGGUGAAAACUUCGUAAAACUCUGCGGACGUCCUAAAGGCCCCCCCGACCGUCAAACGGAAACAAAACGCAGCACGUCGAGACAUCCGAAGCAUUUAUAACCCAGAAUUGUUCCUCAGACCAUCAAAGACAAAAUAAAGACCUUCAAAACAAAGAUUUUACACAACAGAAGAAGACAGGAUGGUCAGUUCUUGAUCCUUAAACUCUAAAAACAUAAACUCUCAAUGUUUUUAUGUUACCUUUAAUUGGUCCAAAAUUUUUUCAGGCCCUUUAAUGCAUUUCUGAGUAAAGCAAAGAAACUUUUAGUCCAGUUAGAGCAAGAAAGAGGUUUUAGAAUCAGAUUUUGUAACCAAAAAUCAAUAUGUAAACUGGAAUAGGAACAGAUUAACAGUAGCGAACUCGUCUUUGCUAAAAAAAAAAAAAACAAACCAAAAAAACCAAGGAAACAAGUUGAAGAACCGUAAUUGUUGCGAUCCUUCAGCAUUUCUGGAGUAAUUUUCAAAGAUUUCCCCUUUGACUGACACAUCAGAUAAAUGAGCAGAUUCCCAGUGAAGAAGUGUAGCCUGGAGCCAGUUGGUGGAAGAAGCUGGAUUUUUAAGUCUCAAAAAAAACAAAAAAAAAAACAAAAAAAAAAACGAAGAAGAAUUCAAUGCAAUCAUGUUGAAGAAGGAGCUGCUGUUUGGACUCUAUGAGACUUUAACAAAAAAAGCAGCUCAUUGUUGAUGAAAACUUUUGUAUUUGUUGGCAGCACAGAUGUAUGGGAGCCCAUUUCUGCCACACUAAUUUUAAAAAACAGGUUAACAACAACAACAAAAAUCUCGAAAUUACAUCUUGAAUGAAAAUUUUGAGAUAGAUACAAACAUUGAUCAGUCAAAAAUCACAAUCUCGAUGAACUGGAUGUCAUACUGAACUCUGCACUGGCACACAUUUUUUUAUUGUGAUUUUGACAUAGUUUUGCGUGAAAUUUCAUGAUUAAACUUUAUCAAGUAAACCAACAGUAUUUACUCGUGUAACAAUCUUGACUUAAGCGUCGGAACUUUGUAUUAUUUUGCCAAACUUCCCUCUAAAUAUUAUUUUCCCUGACUAUAUUAUGUCAUGACUUCAACUAACCAAGAACAUUUUGAAGUUUCCCAGUGUGUCGCCUAUUUUUCCCGAAGCAGAAAUGGGCUUCCAUAUAACAGAGACCGAUAAGACAGGAAGAUUAAUCCCAGUUUAACAUCAAACUUGGACUUUCUAAAGUCUUGGAAACCUUCGGCUCAGAAUAGAACCUCUCCAACCCCAAGCCAGAUGGUUUGGUCGCAUUUCUCGAAGAGCAACUAUCGGAAAUAUCCAAAAAAAAGAAACCGUCUUUGGACGCAUCCCAGAACCUAAUUUAUGACCCUUUUGUUGGACUGGACUUGUGGUCCGGUUGUUGUACAGAGCAAAACAGGACUGAUUUUGUUUGGUCACAUUUUGUGCUACGUUCACAGGCUCCAUGUCACCAACUUCAGCAUUAAUGAAGGUCAGCAGACCCUCGUCUAAAGACGUCUACAGCUAAAAACUGUGAUUUAAAAAAGAAAAAAGACAGGGGCUUUUGUUUUCUUUGCAUUUUGCUUUUAUCAUUGCCAAAACCCCUUCCUGUUGUGAAGUUGUUUGAUGUUAAAUACGAUCGGACAGCUUUUUUCUCGUGAUUUCACUAAAGCCUUUGGAUUUACUCUCGUGUUGUCUUUUCUAAGUCGCCAAUGAAGGAGCAGCAAGAUGGAACUGAAACUUGGCCAGAGCCCUUUCUGUCCUUUUGCAGUUUGUUUUAGCAUUAAAUACCUGGUUACAGACGGCGGACAGACACCUGCAUCUGUGUCACACCUGGUGGAAACAUGGAUUUAGAGAGCAGAAAGGUUCAGUUCCACCUCCCCGGACAGUUGGUGAUGGUGUUGGACUGGAAGAAAAACAAACCUGCUGUAGCACCAGUCAAAUUUUCAGCCUCGAAGGCAACAGUCAGACACUUUGAAGCCUGAUUCCGGUUCAGUUGUGUGAUAAAAUCAUGACUGAAACAAAAGUAUCCCAGUUUGUAUUUACACACAAAUCAAAAGAUUCCUUGUGGAGCAGAUGGAGUUUCCUCCUGGAAGUCUGAAGCUUCCGUUGGAUUCCACAGCAUGUAUGCAGUAAGACAGGACACAGUCGUUGUGUUUAGUAUAUGAAGAGAUUAACAAGCAGUGAAGGUUUAAAAUUUCCUUUUUUUUACACAAAUGUACUUUUGAUUUGAUUUGGAUUUACUCCAGACUGAAGGUUUUCCAUAAAGUCGCGCUCUGUACUGAGUUGAAGUAUUUGAGUGAAUCGAGGUGUUUUUUACUGGUUGGUGACUGAUUUAAUUUGCACUUUCAGUAUUUUAUCAUCCAGUGAUCCAGUUAUAAUUUGUAGAGUAGAAAUUAGGUGACAGUUAAACAUCAGAAUAAAUCGUUGUGGAGCCUUUUAUCGAGGGGAAAUAUGUCUUUAACCAAUCAGAUGCCUUGGCUGAAUCGAUGUACAGAACAGAGUUGUGAAUGUAAAACCUUCAGUGUGUGUACGUCCUGUGAUGUAGUUAGUUGCAAAAGGCAGAUUUCAGCUCUUAUUAUAACCGCUCUUUAAAAAAAGAAAAAAGAAAGACUCUCCCAGAGAUCUGUAGGUCUCUCCACUUGUGUAUCUGUUUGGUUUUUCUUUCAAGAUAAGUACGAUUGUGAUCAUCUCAGCGGGCACUAUUUUUAAAUUAGUUAACAAAAUAAUGCAUUGUUACUAAGACUUGAUUUCCAGCCAGGUUCUGUCCAGUUCAUUCUUUGCUAUUAUAAUGAUAACAGAUUAUUGUGGUAAAUGUUGGAAUGACAUGGGCCUUCUAUCAUCCUUCUGCCUUGUAUUGUUUGUUUUUGUAUGUUUAAAAAAUGUACGUUAAUAAUUUUUAUUGUUAAUGGAAAGCCUGA